AUGUUACAUGCGUUUUGUUUGAUAUUAUUUUUUGCUAAUUUUAACUGUUAUCUAGCUAAACAAUGGCUAUCCGAAGGAGAUAGCUGUGUGGUAAACAAAACAAACGAAAAUGGUAUUUGUAAAUUCUUAUCCAACUGUCCAAGUGAACAAGCCAAAUUGAAAUUGAACAUUCAUCCUACGCUAUGUGGAUUCAAAGGCAAUAAUAACAUGCCUAUAAUAUGUUGUCCUGAAGCCAGACCAGUCAUACAAACCAGACAGCUUGGUGAUAUUGCUGAUGAAAUGUGCAGAAAUUAUUCACAAUACGUAUUCACAGAGGAACUAAGUCCACUAUCGAUCAUAAAUGCCGCUUCAAUAAAAAUAUAUCAAUGUCCGUUUGAAAAGCUACCCCUUAUUCUUGGUGGAAAUGCAUCUGAAAGAUACGAAUUUCCUCAUAUGGUCCAAUUAGGAUUUGGUGAUAAGUCUCGUAUAAAAUGGGCUUGUGGUGGUUCUUUGAUAAGUGAACAGCAUAUUUUAACGGCCGGCCAUUGUGUGAAUCCUGAAAAUCUAGGGUUGGUUCAAUAUGCUAGAAUGGGCUUCAUAAACGUAGACGACACAGAAAACAAACAACAAUUCAACAUCAUCGAACGAACCGUUCAUCCACAAUAUCAAGCACCCAGUCCCUACAACGACAUCGCUGUAUUGAAACUGGAAAAGAAGCCGAAAUUGAGUCUUUUCCUGAGACCUGCAUGCCUCUACAACAAAAGAGAAGUGCCUGGACAUAAUGCUAUAGUAACAGGCUGGGGUAGGCAAAGCGAGCACGGCCCAGAAAGCAAAGUUUUACUCAAGACUGUGUUGCAAUAUUAUAAUCAGAGUUAUUGCAAUUCAAUUUUUCAACGUACGAUUACUUUAAGAAGCGAGGGUAUUAAAGAGGAACAAAUGAUUUGUGCCGGGUAUGAGAGUGAAACAAGAGAUGCAUGCCAGGGUGAUUCUGGUGGACCUCUUCAAAUUUAUUCCACUCGAGAGGGGUACUACAUGGCAUGCAUGUACGACAUAAUUGGAGUUACUUCUUUCGGAAUUGGCUGCGGAAGAUCUACAAAAAUUCCAGGAGUUUACGCAAGAGUAUCUAACUAUGUAAAAUGGAUUGAAGAUAUUGUAUGGCCACAAUGA